CUUCUUCCGAUACACAAGCUCACAUCCUGAACACAAACAUGAAGCCUUUAAUUGUCUACUGUGUCAUAUUUGGUAUUUUAAGCAAUAUUGCUUUCAUUGUCGGGGAGGACCUACCUGUAAUCCAUGGUCAGCUGACACGGACAGCUAGGGAAGCAAAUAAACAAGGUGCAGUUGACUGUCAGAUGGGCCCUUGGUCAAAUUGGACUACCUGUGACCCAUGUUCCAAAAAGCAGUUCCGCUCGAGGACUGUGGAGGUUUUUGGCCAAUUUCAGGGCCUCGUCUGCAACCAGCCGCUGGGGGAACGCAGAGCCUGCAAGACGGAACAAGCUUGCACUGAGGACACAAGUCCUCCUCCCUGUUUAAGCACUGAAUUUCAGUGUGACUCAGGUGUCUGCAUUAAGAAGAGGUUGGUUUGCAAUGGGGAUAAUGACUGCGGGGACUUUUCUGAUGAAGAGUGUGACAAUGAUCCACGCCGGCCCUGUGGAAACAAGGAGAUGGAGCUAUCUGAACUGGCCAGAACUGCAGGAUAUGGCAUGAGCAUUCUGGGGUCAGGGGCCAGAGCCAAUGCCUUCAACAACGAAUUAUUCAAUGGAGUCUGCAGCCGAUUGAAGGACCCCAACACCUUAGAGUACCACCGCACCCCAUGGAAUGUCGCAGUUCUAAGAUAUGAUUCGAGUGCAGAAGAGUCCUACUCAAGAGAGGUUUUUGACACAACAAGUACGCUGCUCAAGGAAAUUAUUGAGGAAAAUAGCCUUUCCAUAAGUCUGGGAUUAUCUUACAAAUUUGAACCCACUGAAGAAAUGAAGACUCCAUUUAGCCCAAAGGCAGGUGUAACGUUAGCAUAUGGAAGGAAAGAAAUCAUAAAAAAAAUUAAUGAAGAGAAAACCACCAAGAACAAAUCCUUCAUGCGAGUCAAAGGCAAGGUUCAGAUGGGCACAUUCAGAAUGAAGUCACGUGACCUGAGGAUGACGGAGACAUUCCUGUUGGAUGUGUCUGCUCUGCCGUUGGAGUAUGCGAAAGGAGAAUACUUCAGGUUCCUGGAAGAGUACGGCACACACUAUGCCACGUCUGGGAAGGCAGGAGGCGAAUACGAACUUGUAUAUGUGCUAAACAAGGAAUAUAUGGAAACCAAAAGUGUUACAUCACGAGAUGUCCAGCGCUGCUUCAGCAUUGAUGUUUCAAUUGACGUCCAGGGAGUACCUGGCGUUGAAGGGAACGUUGGCGUUAAACCAGGAUUUUGUAAUGACUUGAUGAACAAGGAAGGCGGAGUUCAUGAUCAAAAUGCACUCAUUGACAAGGUGAUGACAUCUGUCAGGGGGGGUACAAUCGACACAGCUACUGCUCUGAAGACAAAAAUUGAGAAGACUGGUGUGAUGGAUGUGGAUGCCUAUGUAGCAUGGGCAAAGUCACUCACUGUGGCUCCGGUGCUGAUAGACAGCCAGUCUGAAGCUAUCCAGUCCCUGAUUCCUCUGAAUAUGCAACAUGCCGAAGUCAAAAAAGACAACUUGAAGAGGGCCUAUGAAGAUUACAUUUCUGAGUACAAUGUUUGCAAAUGCAAGCCCUGUCAAAACGGUGGCACGGUUAGCUUGAUUGACGGCGAGUGUCUCUGCCUCUGCCUCCCGGAAUUCGAGGGGCUGGCAUGUCAAAAUGUCAAGUCCGACAACCUGAAAUAUCAUGAGGAAAAGGUUGUCCAGCAGGGGAACUGGGGUUGCUGGUCUUCCUGGACUGGCUGCAGUGGAGUUCAACGAACUCGAACCCGUAGCUGCAACACAGAAGGCCUCACUGGUGGGACAUGCAAAGGGGAGGUUCUUGAUACUGAUUACUGCUGAAAAGCACAAAAAAUCUGCCUUGAUCAGGAGAAAGAGAUCUGCAACUAUUGACAUUCACCAUGAUCAGUAGAUACAGUCUGCAAACUUCACUGACUGCCAGGUUUUCAUUUUUAUUGAAAAGUUAACAAUGAAUGGUAUUUUUAAUAAACAAUGGUUCAUAUGCAUAUGGAUAAAAUCUUCAUUAGCAUAUAAUAAAACAAUAUGUUAAAUAAA